AUGCACUGUAAUAAUACUGCCUUGGACACCGUUCUGUUUCAAGUGUAUGCCAAAGAUGCAGACGCUGGACUUGCCGCUGUUGUAAAGUACCGCAUUGAUGAGGCGAGUCCAAGUGAUGGACUAAAUCAUUUUACUAUCAAUGAGAAUAAUGGCCAAGUCAAACUGGUUAAACAACUGAAUUUUACAAGUUUGAGCACUUUCUAUAGGCUGAAGAUCAACGCCACGGAUGGUGGAGGCCCUGUGUAUAAUGAACCUAACCCUGUUCAUCAAUCCAGCCUUGCCUUUGCUUUCAUCACUGUGGUGGACGUCCCAGACCUGGAUCCACGGUUUCUCAGUACUCCUUACGCGACUACUGUCACUGAGCAUUCUCCCGUGGGCCAGUCUGUGUUUAAAGUGACUGCAAUAGAUCAGGACACAGGAAUCAACGAUGCCAUCACCUACAGCAUUGAAGGGCCCGAUGACCUGUUUAAAAUCACAGCCAAUGAUGGAAUCAUAUCUGUCAAAAGUGAUAUUGACAGAGAGGCUUUGUUGGACACCAAUUAUGUUGUGGCCUUUAAUGUGACGGCAACGGAGGUGCAUCCAAGCAUCCUGGGGACCCAAGCCCACACCUCCACUGAGGUGCGGAUUACCAUCAGUGACGUCAACGACAACAAGCCUAGAUUUUAUGACUGUGUUGUGGAGCCCUGCGUGGAGGCCAGCAGCUUCACGGCCAACAUCUUUGAACACUCCUCCAUGGGUGUUCCGGUCGACGAUCUCGACAUCGAAGCCAAAGAUUUGGAUCAGGGAGAUAAUGGAAAAUUCGAAUUAAGUCUUGCUGGACCAGACAAGGAUGCGUUCAGUGUGUCGCCACUGAUUGCCUACUCAAAAAGCCAAGUUCAGAUCACGGUCAAGAACUCCCAGGCUGUGGACUACGAGACCAAAACAUCAAUGGUCAUCCAGAUUAUCGCCAAGGAUCCCUCCAAUACAGAAGACUGCUGUUCCACGGCUACAGUCACCAUUCAGAUCAAAGACAUUAAUGACAACAGCCCCACGUUCCCCAAAGAAGUCUAUAACCUCAAGGUUGAUGAGCACAGUCCUGAUGGAACCACUGUGGACACGAUAACAGCAACCGAUCCUGACACUAUGGAUGUUGGUAACAUCAGAUACAGACUUCUUCCUGACAGCAUACUAAAGUAUUUCGAUGUGAAUGCAACGACAGGGAGGAUCUUUGUAACAAACAGCAAACUGAUCGACCGAGAACUCACCUCCCUCUAUUCUCCAACUCUGCAAGCAAGAGACCAGGCCAACAACACAGGGAACGCUGUGUUAGAAAUCACACUGACAGACAUCAAUGACCAGACACCACAGUUCAACAGAGAAUCCUACGUUGACUAUGUGAAAGAGGGCUCAGACCUAAGAAUUCAAGUACAGGCUACUGACAGAGAUGAACCACCCAACAGCGAGAUUGUGUAUGGAAUAGUUAGCAGUAACUACAGUGCCAAAUUCACCAUUGACCCCACCACAGGCUGGUUGGAGAACAAAGGCCCGCUAGACAGAGAGGCCAUGCAGGCCAAGGAUAAUGGGCAGGUUAAGUUAAAUGUGACAGCAACUGACAAAGGCAGUCCACCACUGUCCACCUGGGUGCCAGUCAUCAUCAAUGUGGAGGAUAUCAACGACAACACACCGAAGUUUGAAAAAACUUCUUACAAAUUCUUAGUGGAGGAGGGGAAGAAAGCUGCAUUUGUGGGCUCCGUCCAGGCAGUGGAUUUGGACCAAACUAUCGACCACAGCCGCAUCUCCUUCAGCAUCGUCAGCGGAAGCUUCGGACAAUUCAUCAUCCGAACCUUCAACGACGAACCCAAUGGUUACAUCGGUAACAUCACGGUCGACCCGGACAUUGAGCUAGACUACGAGAGCAGCUUCAAGACCUUCAGCCUGGAUGUGGAGGCCAUGGACCUGGGAUCGAGGAAGGACACUGUAAAGGUGGAGGUGAUUGUGCUGGAUGUGAAUGACGAGAGGCCUGAGUUCAAGCCCGUCGCCCCGUUGUACAUAAAGGAAAACACCACUAUCACUGGAGUCGUGGGGAAUUUCGAAGGGGUGGACCUGGACAACAAUCACUCUCUGGUCUACCAGCUGGUCGCCACUAAGUGCCGCUGUAACGGCUCCCUGACUCACGGAACCUGCCCAGAGGACUGGUUCAUCCUGCAGCCCACAGGGGAGAUCAUGCUCAACGAGGAGUUUGUGAUCGACUUUGAGAAGUGUGACCAGGUUGAGCUGGAGGCCCAGGUGGAGGAUGAGUGCACCCAGAAAGGGGAGAACAACAGUGCAACAUCAGGGCACAUUGUGAUCAACAUCGAAGACAUCAAUGACAAUGCCCCUGAUUUCGAUACAUUAGAUUCCUUAUAUGUUGUGGUGUCAGAGACGGCCUCUGUUGGCUCAGUAAUCGCCAGUGUCACUGCUACAGACCGUGAUUCUGGGAAAAAUAGGCAAAUGACAUUUUCGAUAACAAGUGUACAAUUCUGGGAUGACGUCAACAAUAAAACGAACGACUUGGGUAGUCGAGUGUUUCGAAUUGUCACCACACAGGAAGACGAUAAAUACGUCGGAAAUAUUCAUAACAUCGAAGUGCUGAAUAUUAACGUGAAAGGUAAGUAUUUGGUGACAGUCGGGGCAGCUAACACUGAAGAACCCAAACUCUUCUCCGAAACCAAACUGGAGAUCUUCACAGUUGACAAGAGCUUAAAAGUCGAGCUUUUGUUUUCAAAGACAGUGGCAGAAGUCCAAGCGGUCCAAAGUCAGAUUGUACAGCUUCUAACCACAGCAACUAAGACGAAAGUGGAAGUAGUUAAUAUUAGGGCUGAUUCAGCCAGUACGGAAACCAGGGCGGCUGACGAUACCGUAAUGGAGGUGUACUUUGUAAAUGCCAAUGGAACGGCUCUCGACUCUGACACUGCCGAGACUAUUCUGUCCAAGAGUAAGGAACGGUACAAAUUACAGACUGAAUUUGGCCUGAAAGAUAUAGGGGGGACUGUGGUGACAGAGAAACAGGUGAAUCCAUUCAUGUUCGGUCUGUUGGGAUUGGUGGCAGGCCUCAUCAUCGUCCUGGCUGUCAUGACAACAUCUCUCGUCUGCACCCGCAGGAGCUACAGAACGAAGCUGAAGGCAGCUAAAGCCAUGAACUCAGCAGCCAUGGUGGUGACUGGUGGAGAUCAGAAGAGUAGGCCUGUCGUGCCUGGAACCAACAAGUACACCAUGGAGGGGGCUAACCCUGUGCUCAACUUGAACAUCGACACAGCCACAGACCUGGGCUUCGACGAAGAAGGCUCUAACGCUGACAGAGUCAGCCUGAAUUCCUUGGACUACAACAUAGACAUGGUCAUGUCUGACAAGGAUACGAUGCCCAUGAUGAUGAUCCAGGAGGAGGAUGAGGAGGAGUGGGGAGCAGAUAACCCCUACGUCGAGCCUCUGGGUGAAGCCUUGGCCCAGCGUGGCAAGAAGAGAGACAACAACAGCCCUAGUUUUACCUUCGCUAACCCUUCACUCAGCACCACAGACCUGUGAGUGGCUGCCAUCUUGGGGCAGUAUCACUGACCUGUGACGGCCAUUUUGGGAUCUAUGAUACUGACCGCGGGUUCAUAAAAUGGACCCCGUAAAAUGGACCUUGCUUCCUGGAAAAGGAUAGAUGCCAAACUCUGUGCUAGAAAGACAAUGUGACUUUUGAGAUUAAAUCAAGUUCAAAUCUAAUCUUUUUGUUGGUGUUGAACCACUCGAUUGCAUGCUAUUAUUUGAUUCAAUUUAGGGAAUAUUUCCGUGUAAACAUUUAUCACAACACAUAGUACAGUGAUGUUAGAUUAGCCGGCUUGCUAUUUGCUGCAACAGUAUAUCACAUCGUUUCUGUUGUUGUUGAAGAACAUCAACCUAAAGCAAAAAACAUGACACUUUGGGAUGAAAAGCAAAAAUUACAAAUGUUUUUCAUUGUGAAUCAUUUUAUUAGUAGUAUUUUUCUAAACGUGUAAAGAUUUGAUUGAUAUUUUUAAUACAUUAUGCUUUGCGAAGUUGACGUUUUUAUAUUCAUUUCGUUCCAGUUUUUUUCCCCUCCGUUUAUUAUGAAACUCAACACUUGUAUCUGGAAUCCUGUGUUGUUUUUGAGUACGGCCCCUUCAAGAGUACGAACAUCUACCAACGGUUGAUUGGACUCUUUCUAAUACGACCUCCACAGUAUUUUAUUGAACUAAAAAAAACAAUGUUUUUUUCAUAUAUAUAAAACUCAUUAUAAAUAUACAGGUUGGCCAAAUGCUGUACCUUCUAAACAUGUCUCUAUAUUUCUACUUAACGUACUGUAUAAUUAGUGCCUGGGGGUUUUGAGAGGGUGUAAGUAUGGUGUGUGUGUUAGCUGAGGCCAAACCUAAGGCGAUACAGGAAUGGCGGAGAGAGAGAGUGUGUUGAAUCAUUUCAGUUGUGUUUUUGCAGAUAUUCAAAUUGGCUGUAUUUAAAUAAACGUAUGGUAAAUGCAAUCAUCCAAUAAAAAUGGGUUUUCUUCAAAUAUU